AAUCCAGUUGUUUUUUAUGUCUGCGAUGAGCUGAUCCAGUGUUUUAUAUAGUCGUGCUGCGUUUGGACCUCAGCAGGUGUUCUGCAGAUUUGAAGUGCUGGUGUCGCGACUAACGUCAGUAGCUUCCUUUUUAAAAAGGUGUCGAUUUGAGUGUCCGGUGGCAUCCUCCUUGGGUUGUAGGAUUGCAGAUGGGGGGAGUGCUUAUGUUGAAAACUGUUCCUCCUUCACCCCCUCCUUUUCCACCCAAGUCUCAGGAAGAUGCAGAGAGUUGUUCUUCCUCUCCUCUGCCACCUCCCAACUGUGCUCCCCAAAUGCCUCUUACUCCUACAUCAUCUUCUCCUCCUCCCUCCCCUCCUCCUGCUACUCUACACUCCAACCAUGUUACCCAUGCAACUCCUGAUGUUCCUGCUCCUCAUCCUGCUUCUGAUGUUCAUGUUCUUCCUCCUCCUCCUCCCCCCCCACCACCCCACUGUCUUCCUCCUCCUCCUCCCCCACCACCGCCACCACUCCCUUGUCUUCCACCUCCUCCUGGUCCUCUUAAUACUUCCAACCGGCGUUCUAUGAAAAAAUUAAACUGGGACACCAUACCCAGCCAGAAAGUGCUUGGGAAACUGAAUGUGUGGACAUGUCAGCGGCCACAGAGGGACCUGGUGCUGGAUGUUCAGAGCAUGGAUGAGCUCUUCAGUCACAUAGACAAGAGCUCUGCUCUACGGAGUUCAAAGGUCAUGGGUCUAAAGAAUUUUGAAGGCACAACAAUCUUUCAGCAAGAGCCUCAGGUCACCAUUCUUGAUUCUAAGAGAAGUAUGAAUAUUGGAAUCCUUCUGAGACACUUCAAAAGGCCGGUGGCAGAAGUGCUGGAGGACAUUAGUAAAGGGAACUCGCUCAGAUUUGGAACUGACAAACUAAAUGAGCUCUGUAAACUGCUGCCUGAAGAAAGAGAGGUGAAGCAGCUGCUGUCAUUCAGUGGGAACGUGUCUCUUUUAUCUGAGGCCGAUCAGUUUAUGGUGCAGCUGGUUAAAGUGCCCGGGUAUGAGGAUUGCCUGAAGAUGAUGGCACUUAGAGAGGAAUUCUUUCCUUUCAUGGAGGAGGUGAAGACCAGUGCAGGUGUCAUGACAAAAGCAGCUAAUGAGCUGUUGGACUGUGUUGACCUCCACUCAGUCAUUUGGUUGGUGCUAAAAGCUGGGAAUUAUAUGAACACUGGUGGCUAUAGUGACAAUGUGAUUGGAUUCAGGAUGACGUCUUUGCUGAAGCUUGCAGACACCAAGGCCAACAAGCCGGGCAUGAACCUUAUGCACUUUGUUGCCAAGCAAGCAGAGGACAUUGACAAAGACUUGCUGAUGUUUCCCAGCAAGCUUGAACACAUUGAAAUGGCAUCAAGAAUUUGUAAAGAGGAGGUGAUCUCAGAGUUCCAGCGGCAAGUCAAGAAGAUUUCGGAAGUGAAAUUAUCUGCAAGCAGGCAUUCUGGUCUGUCUCAACAGCUGGAAUCUUUUCUGAUGAGUGCUGAACCCACAUUGGCCGAUAUCGAGUCCUGUAUCCAGGAGCUGAAUGCUGAGAGCCAUGCCGUCGCUGAGUACUUCUGUGAAGACCCUGAUACGUUUAAACUGGAGGAGUGCUGCUCAAUAUUCCAUUCAUUUUGCAAGAGGUUUGACAAAGCUGUGAAGGAGAACAAAGAGCGAGAGGCCGCUGAGCAGAGACACAUAAAGAAGGAGAACAUGAAUGUUGCACUUAAACGUCGCUCCACGUCUUCUCUCCCAGGAACUAUGCCUGAUCAGGACAACUCCAGUUUGGAGUCAGUCCUACACAGCUUUCUCUCAAAUGAUCCAGAGCGUCUGGGUCGAUGCAGGAGAAACAUGCUUCCCCAAACUGUGGCAUCGCCGUGUCAGCCUGGUUCUCAGAAUUCUCCAACUGUCAAAAAAACAGAGGCAGAUGAACAGCAGAGGCUGGAGGAGAAACAACCCAAAGAUCAGAAGGAGAAUGAGCAAGAGGAGCCACUGGAAAAGGACAAAGCUCAGAAGGUGCUUCAUUGCAAAAGCAGCAAAACGAGCCUAGAAGAGGAUGAAGCUUUAGUCACCCCUCCCCUAUCAGAGAGGGUAGAAGACAUGCCUAUUACUCCAAGUACCCCUCAGCCUAGAUCUAGAGACUACUUUGCAAACAAUGGGAUUGUGGACUCUCCGUGGACCAUCCUGAGCCCUUGCACUUGUUCCGGAAGAUAUAGAUACAGGAUGAUCUCAAGGUUUAGUGGAAAUGACCUUUAUGAUGGUGACUGGGAGAGUGAUGGAGAUGGUCAUUUGCACAGUUCCUCUCAUGGAGGUACUCUAACAUCAUCUGAUGGUUCUGCAUCUCGAGAUAAAUGCCCCAUGAAAAGAGUGCUAUUUCAAGGUCCAGUCCCCAGAUCAGUCUCCAUGGACGAAACCAUUCAGUCUCCAUCAUCUUGCUUUCAGCUUGGGUCCUUGUUCAAGAAAGGAUCAUUUCAAAGGAUUAGGUCCUACUCCUCUGGCUCAAAGACAGAGUCCAUGAGAAGAGAAGGCACAGAGUCUUGCUCAGAGAAUCAGCUCGACGGCCAAGAGAUGAAUACUGGAUUUUUGUCUUUCUUCAAACGCAUUGGCGGCAGAAGUAAGCUUUGAGACAGGAUGGAAUGCAAUGUCAAAGAUACAGAUUUAAAAAACAGGCUUGAAACACAGACUGAAAAUUUUCAACUUUUAUUGUUUUUUGUUUUUUUUACCUUUCAUUGAAACCAAGGUAAUUGAAGACUUGCUUUGAUCUGUGAAGGUAUUUAAUAUUGGUGGAGACUCUAACAAUAUACACAAAUCUUAACCACUUUUGUUUGCAAUAAAGAGUGAAACUCUAUCUUAUUCAUUACCACUGUCAGUAACACUUUUUUUUUUUUUUUUAUAAUACUUGUGUAACAUCAAGAAUACUCAA